GAUACAUGAAUUUUGUAAGAGUUUUUGUGAUAUAUUUCCCUGAUAUGAUGAUUUAACCAAUUGAUGAUAAUUUAUCUGAACAAGUAUGAACUUUUAUUAACUUUUUCAUCAAAAAUGAAGGGAGGAAAAUAAAUAAAAUGGUGUAAAGACUAGUGGGACUGUAUAACAACUCAAAAGGAUCCUUUUAUGUGUCGAGGAACUCAAAUGCAUUAUGAAGCUAAAAUGAAACCUAUAUAUAGAAUAUUUUGAUCGCCCUACGUCCAUAUCAUAUGUGACUCACAUCACAUGGCUCAUCAUUGUUUCAAUAUGAUAACUAAAGGUGUAAUGAUUUACUCAACUAUGAAUUUUAGUCUAUAUGGACCACCAUCAGCUAAUUUAUAUAUUUUUUUCUUCAUCAGAUAACAAAAUUUGUGAUCAUUUGAGCUAAUUAUUAUGGAAUUCUGUAAUAUAUAUUCGUACAUGCUUUGGGUUUUGGGCAAUUUUGGAUGUUAGAUACUUAGAUUAGAAAUUAUAUACAAACAUUCCCUUUAAGAUAUAACCUUAUAAGAAAAACUGAAGUUAGUUUCAACUGCGGGUAAAACUCUUUCUAAAAUUAAUGCAUUAGUCGUUCAAAAAAAAGAUCAUCUGUUCUAGAAUAUUGUUUUGUAAUUAAAACUGUAAAUAUAAUCACAUAAACAUUCAUCGUUAAAAAAAAAUAUCAUUUUCGGAUCCUCAACAAUUACCCCCAACUACAUUAAAACCAAACUUAAAUUAGUUAUUGAUUUUUUUAAAAAGACCUUCAAAGCUCAAUAUAUUCAUUUUUCUUUCUCUAUCAAUGAUUAAACUGUACUAUUACUCAUUGUUGUCAUUAUUUUUCUUUUCUCUUCAAGCAAGUAUUUCACAAGUCCAUUGCAUAUAUAUGUAUCAUACAAUAUCAUAAAUAUUACAUUAUAAUAUGGUAUGAUCAACUUUACAUCUUUGCAUAAUUCCUUAAGCUUUUUUGUAAGCAUGGAUACGUUGACAAGCCACAUGUUCUUUUAUCACAAGCCAAAAGUGGCAAUAAAGAAAUAAUGAAAAAAGAGUUCAUGAAUUGGAUAGUUUACUUUGUAAUGUAUUAGUUUAUAAAUGUAAGUAUUAAAAAUGAUAAAAUGAGGUUGGGGCCAAUAUCAAGUGAUUGGUUGAGAAGCAAAAGAAAAAGGAGAGUUUGAACAAGUCAGUAAUCAUAGAUAGUGAAAGUGACAGUUGGAAAAGGAGACAAGAGAGGAUCCUAUAUUUAGACAUUCACUUGAACUCAUAUCUUCACAAGUGUCUGAAUCUCCACAUCACUACUUCAUUUCCAUCCUCCAGAUCAUUUGGUUUGUGUUCACAGGGAACUUCAUUGUAAUGGCAAAGAGGAGGUCAUGGUUCGGUUGGAUAAAACGACUAUUCACCUGCGAGGCUAAAGCGAAAGCAGAGAAGAAGUCAAGGAGAUUAAGAUGGAUGUUUAGAAGACUUAAACUAAGACAUCAGAUUUCAACUAGGGUGCAAGAGACAAGGACUUUGAACCAAGCAACAGAAGAUCAAAGAAAACAUGCCAUGAAUGUAGCCAUUGCCACGGCAGCAGCAGCUGAAGCAGCGGUUGCAGCCGCAAAGGCAGCUGCUGAGGUUGUCCGGAUGGCGGGAAACGCCUUCACAUCACAACAUUUUGUCAAGAAGCGUGAUACAAACUUAGCAGCUAUCAAGAUUCAGAGUGCCUUCAGGGCUUAUCUGGCGAGGAAAGCGUUGCGAGCACUUAAGGCUCUUGUAAAACUUCAAGCAAUUGUCCGUGGCCGAGCUGUUAGGCGAAGUGUUUCUACAUUGUUGAAGACUAAACCCUCCAACAAAGCUUCAGCAUCAAGUCUCAUCACUAGAACCACAGAAGGAAAACAUUGGUCCAAGAUCAAAGAAGAACUCAAGGUCAAGUGCAAUGGACAGAAUGUUUGGGACAGUAGCGCUCUCACGAAGGAAGACAUCAAAGCCAUAUGGUUAUGGAAGCAAGAAGGUGUGGUCAUGCGUGAGCGUAUGCUGAAAUACUCCAGGUCACAUCGGGAGAGAAGAAGUCCUCACAUGCUACUUGAGUCAUUACACACAAAGGAUAUGAGAAUGAGAAGCUGUCGGCUUGAACAUUGGGGUGAAUCCAAGUCUCUCAUUCCAAACGAGAUCCUUGUACCGACAAAAGUAAAGCUGAGAACGUUGCAGAGACAAGACUCUAGUGAUGGACAAGAGUCUCCAUUUUUUUUCCCAAGGAGAUCUUUUAGCCGUCUUGAACAGAGUUUAUUAGAGGAUGAGAGCUGGUACCAAAGCUUUAAAGGCUUCCAGCCUUACAUGAGCGUGACAGAAUCUGCAAAGGAGAAGUUUAGAUCACUGAGCACACCAAGGCAACGCAUAGGGGUGAUGGAUACUUGGUUGGAUAAGAAGGAUGGGGAUAAAGUAUCUCUCUGGUCUUCCUUUGUCAGUGAAACUAGUAAGAUGAGCAGCUCUAAGAAGUCGUCUCUGGCACAUUCAUGACACUUUCUUUUUCUUUGUUCUGGUUCUCUUAUAUCAUGGGUUCUUUAUAGAUAUAUGCUUGUGAAGAGUGUUUUUUUUUUCUGAUUGGUUGGUGUGUUUAUGUGUUCAUUUAUGUUCUUGAGGAUUUUGAAGUAACUUUUAUUAAUAUGAUUCUUUUGUUCAA